CCUCCCCGCCUCUUAAACCCUAAUACUUAAACCCCCCUCAUUACGAAGUUCAGGAAGAGAGAAGGAAAACUUAGGUAUUUCUUCCACACACAAAAGCUCGGUAUGCACCCAAAAAUGGAGAAAUAUCCAGACUUUGAACAUUUAGAGGAGCUUUUUAAGCCCCACAUUGAUUCAUAUGAUCACUUUAUACAGCAUGGUUUGGAGAAGAUGUUGAACAGUAUAAAACCCGUUGAAAUUCGUAACUCUUUUACUGGAGAUAAACUUAGAAUUUCUAUUAGUAAUCCGGCGAUAUUCCCACCUUUUAAGGAUGAGAAGGGGAUGGCAAAGCCUUUGCGUCCGUACGAGUGUCGUCAAGCGAAGAUAUCGUAUUCGACGAAGUUGAAAGUUGAUCUUUGCUUCCAGUAUAAUAGUGGACCUAUUGUAAGGGAGAAAUAUACCUUUGGGCAGUUCCCUGUCAUGUUGAAGUCCAAGAUCUGCCACCUCAGGAAUGUAUCCCCCAGGAAAUUAGUUUCCUACAAAGAAGAGCCAGCAGAGAUGGGAGGGUAUUUCAUCAUGAAUGGGAUUGAGAGGAUUGUUCGAUUACUAAUAAUGCAAAAGAGGAACUAUCCAAUGAGCCUGGUUCGAAGUUCAUUUCGUGUACGCAGAGAAGGAUACACUGAUAAAGCAGUUGUCAUAAGAUGUGUUAGAGAAGACGAGUCUGCUGUUACGGUGAAACUAUAUUAUCUCAAUAAUGGUAGUGCUAGACUUGGAUUCUGGAUAGGAGGGAGAGAAUUUUUGCUUCCUGUGGGCAUCGUUCUAAAGGCACUUAUCGAGACAACUGAUCAUGAAAUAUAUGUGGCACUAACAUGCUCGUACAAUGAGAAAUAUGAGGGAGUCAAAGGUGCUGUUGGCACACAGCUUCUUGGUGAAAGAGCUAAAAUUAUUCUUGAUGAGUUGCAUGGAUUGUCACUUUUGACACGUCGCCAAUGUGUUGAGCAUAUUGGACAGUGCUUCCAACCUGUCAUGGAUGGGCUAGAAAAUGAAAGCUAUCGAGUUGUUGGGGAGGCAGUGCUGAAUGAUUUCAUUUUUGUCCACCUUGGUUCCAAGGACCACAAGUUCAAUCUUCUAAUAUUCAUGUUGCAGAAACUCUUUUCAUUGGUAGAUCAGACAUCAGUUCCAGACAAUCCAGAUGCACUGCAAAAUCAGGAAGUUUUGCAAGUUGGUCCAUUGAUCUCAGUUUAUCUGAAGGAUAAACUACAGGACUGGCUCUAUAGAUCGAAGAAGAUGCUGAAUGAUGAAAUGAGCGAAAAAGGCGAAAAAUUUGAUCUUGGCAGUUUAGGAGAUGUCAAGAAGCUGUUAAACAAAACUUCUCCAACACAAAUUGGUACUGCUAUGGAGAAUCUGCUGAAAACCGGAAGAUUGGCUACACAGUCAGGUCUUGACUUGCCACAGAGAGCAGGCUUCGUGAUUCAGGCUGAUAGGAUUAACUUCUUGCGGUUUCUUUCGAAUUUUCGAGCUGUGCAUCGAGGUGCUUCUCUUGCUGGGGCUCGUAAUACUAGUGUGCGGAAGCUGCUUCCUGAGUCUUGGGGAUUUCUUUGUCCUGUGCACACCCCUGAUGGAGAGCCUUGUGGAUUGUUAAAUCAUUUGACAUGCACAUGUAGAAUAACUUCCUUCUUUGACCCACAAGGAGUAAUCAAAGACUUCUUCACUAUGAGACUGUCCAUCAUCAAAAUCUUGGUGAAGAUGGGAAUGAAACCCUCAUUACCAAAGCUUGCUCAAGCUGGUCCUCCUGAAGUUCUUUCUGUUCUGCUUGAUGGUGAAGUAAUUGGGACCAUACCAUCUGGUCAAGUUGAGGAACUCGUCAAACACUUACGGAGAUUAAAGUUGUCAGCUGCUACUGUGGUUCCUAAUGAUCUGGAAGUGGGUUAUGUUCCUUUGAGUUUUGGUGGCGCUUAUCCUGGAUUGUUCCUUUUUACAAAUCCAUCAAGGUUCAUUCGUCCAGUUAAAAAUAUUUCCAUUCCUCCUGAGGAUAGCAAUAAUAUUGAACUACUUGGCCCAUUUGAACAGGUAAGUAUUGCCUUUAUCCCUCAGAUGCACUUGCUUGAAUGCAGCCACAUCAUCUAUGUCAUAAGACUGCCUUCUGUGACUGAACAUGGGCUUGGUGCUCCCUUUAUGUUUUCAAAGGUAUAUAUGGAAAUUAGAUGUCCUGAUGGUGGAGAUGGAGGGAGGGGAGAAAAAUUUCCUGCAACCCAUGAGGAAAUACAUCCGACUGGAAUAUUAAGUGUUGUUGCUAAUCUUACACCUUGGUCUAAUCACAAUCAGAGUCCGCGUAAUAUGUACCAAUGUCAGAUGGCAAAACAAACUAUGGCCUUUUCUUCACAAUCAAUAAAGUUCCGUACAGAUCAAAAAUCAUAUCAUCUUCAGACUCCUCAAAGUCCAAUUGUGCGCACAAGUUACCAUAACAAGUAUUGUGUCGAUGAAUAUCCUUCAGGGACCAAUGCGAUUGUAGCAGUUCUGGCAUAUACAGGAUAUGAUAUGGAAGAUGCCAUGAUUUUGAACAAGUCUUCUGUUGAUCGUGGAAUGUGCCAUGCCCAGAUAUACCAGACAGAUACUGUUGAUUUGACUGAAGAGGGCAGCAGAUCUGACCGUACCAGCAGAACUUUUCGAAGAAGUACUCUUGAUAAAUCAACGCAUUCUUUGAUCGAUGUAGAUGGACUCCCUUACCUUGGGCAGAUGAUACAUCCUGAUGAACCAUACUGCAGUGUUUACGAUAGCACAACUGGAAAAUUUGUUACUAGAAAACUAAAGGGUUCAGAACCGGCUGUAGUUGAUUAUGUAGCCGUUGAUGGGAAAAACAAGAGCGACCUUCAGAAGGUCAACAUUCGGUUGCGCCGUCCAAGGAAUCCUAUUAUUGGGGAUAAAUUUAGUAGCAGGCAUGGGCAAAAAGGUGUUUGCUCUCGGUUGUGGCCAGAUAUUGAUAUGCCAUUUUCCCAGAAUACUGGGAUGCGCCCAGAUCUUAUAAUUAAUCCUCAUGCAUUUCCUUCAAGGAUGACAAUUGCAAUGCUUCUAGAGUCCAUUGCUGCUAAGGGUGGGAGCUUGCAUGGGAAGUUCGUUGAUGCAACACCAUUUGAAGACUCACUCAAGAAGGCUGGUGGAAGGCAAGGCUCUGAGUCAAGUUCACUUGUUGACGACCUUGGUUCCAUGUUAACUGCUCAAGGAUUUGAUAAAUUUGGUACAGAAGUCUUGUAUAGUGGAGUUUAUGGAACAGAACUAACAUGUGAGAUCUUUAUUGGGCCUGUUUAUUACCAACGCCUCCGGCACAUGGUUUCGGACAAAUUUCAGGUUCGUUCAACGGGGACCGUGGAUAGUAUUACAAGACAGCCUAUAAAAGGUAGAAAGCGUGGUGGAGGUGUACGCUUUGGCGAAAUGGAAAGAGAUGCAAUGCUUGCCCAUGGAGCAGCUUAUCUAUUGCACGACAGGUUACAUAAAAGCUCUGAUUAUCACGUUGCUGAUGUGUGCUCACUUUGUGGAAGUAUGCUCUCCACCACGGUCAUUGAAUCACACAAGCCGGUAGCACAAAAAAUCAAUGGACUACCUCCUCCAAGGGCUCCCAAAAAGGUUUCCUGCCAUUCUUGUCAGACCAGCAAAGGAAUGGAAACAGUUGCAAUGCCAUAUGUUUUCAGAUAUCUUGCUGCAGAAUUGGCAGCCAUGAAUAUUAAGAUGACCCUUAAGCUAAGUAAUGGAGCAGGAGCUUGAAUAGGAGUUGACUUCAUAAUGCAGAUUAGCACUUUGUAUCAUUAGGCAAACAUGAAAAGUAGUAUAUAAUUUAUGAUUGAUGCGAGAGGUGAUUAUAUACGGCGCGAAGCUUCAUUCUAGCAGUUUUUCGAUUUAUGCAGCUAGGACGGUCGUCGUGCCAAUUUGUAUUUCAACUUUACAAGUGAUUUUUUGGCUCAACCCUGGGUCCUCUUCAAACUGUAGUACAGGAAAUCAUCCUAUGAUGGGUUCUGGCA